AUGGUAGGGGAGCACACAUGGAUUCGGGGCGGUGUUGUACUGCGGAACUGUCCCUGUGUUCACAAGGAAGCUGUUGUCCACCAGAGGAUCAACGGCACUGAACAGGGUCCAGUCAAUGGCAUAGUCGAAUCCACUGAUAUCUCCAAGAGGGGUGUCUUGGGUGGUGUCGAUGACAGGGCCGUACGGACCCAGAAGGCUGUCAGGUCCUUCGGUGGGUGUGGCAACAUGGUAUUCGUGGAUGCUAGGGGCGACUUCGUCGAUGAUUGGGUUGCCAAGCUGCUGCAAGUAUGCACAGUCCAAUAG